AUGCGUUCUUUGGCUAGCCUUUUUGCCGCCUGUGGCCUUAUCAGCCAAGUACUCUCGCAGACUUCCUCAAACAGUACAACCGGCAGCGGUGUGUCUGUUCGGUGGCUCGAGGGCACUCCUUCCUCAAACCUCGGAACUACCUUUGGCCUGCCGUGGGCUCGUGGCGAAUAUCCUGCAGAUACCACAACUUUCACUGGAGCUACUGCAGACGGUGACGCGGUUCAAUUGCAGUCAUGGAUCACGGCGUACUGGCCGGACAACUCGAUCAAGUGGACAGGUCACGCCAUUGCAGCGACAGAUUCUGUAGCUGACGAGUAUGUCAUCUCGCCAUCCAGCACCGGAAGUAACUCUACCAACGGCACUUAUCCCAAGUCUUCCAAGCUGCGAAGACAAUUAACUUCAUUGGCUACUGAGUCUGACAGCGACAUCGUUGUGAACACCGGCAAAAUCACUGCAGUUUUUCAGAAAUCAGGCUCAGCACUCAUUAGCUCUAUUAAGACGUCUAGUGGCAAGGUCAUUGGCCAGAACGGUGUCUUGGUUUUGCAAUCCCAGACAUCAAUUGUCGAGGAUGAUGAAGCAGGCAGUCAACCUGAGAGACUACUGUUCCAGAGCGAGAUUGAAGAAGCUACCGUAAGCGAAGACAGCUCUGCACGAGCCCUGGUGACGGUUAAGGGCAAACACCAGCUUGUUUCGGGAGGCCAGCACGAUCCCUGGCUCCAGUUCACCCUUCGCUUCUACCUUUACGCGAAUUCGGACGCAAUCAAACUUGUCCACACCAUCAUAUUCGAUGGCGACCAGGAAACAGAUUUUAUUACUGGCCUUGGAAUCCGGUUUGAUGUACCCUUGUCUGAUGAGCAAUACAACCGUCAUGUCAGGAUCGCAGGAGUCGAAGGUGGAUUCCUCAAUGAAGCUGUGCAGGGUAUCACUGGCUUGAGGAGAGACCCUGGUGCUGCUGUCCGUGCUGCUCAGGUUGCUGGUCAAGAGUUGCCCGAUGAAUCAACUUGGGACACGCGCGUCACUACCAGAACACAGUGGAUCCCAACAUGGGGCGAUUACAGCCUGUCGCAGCUGUCUCCGGACGGCUUCACACUGAAGAAGCGCACAAAGGCUGGGUACACGUGGGUAAACAUUCCUGGAGGCAAUCGCUCAGAAGGUCUCGCGUACCUCGGUGGUGCUACAGGUGGUGGUCUGGCAGUUGGCCUUCGUGACUUCUGGAAGCGAUACCCAACUGGUCUCGAUAUCAGGAAUGCAGCAAAUGACAUCGGCCAGGUGACUGUUUGGCUGUACAGUCCCUCUGCAGGACCUAUGGAUAACCGAGCUUUUCAUGACGGAAUGGGAGAAGAUACGUAUGCCAAGCAGCUAGAUGCCCUCGAGAUCACCUACGAAGACUGGGAAAGUGGGUACGACACGCCAUAUGGUGUUGCAAGAACAGCUGAGAUAUUCCUGUUCGCAUUCGAUGCCACUCCCUCAUCAGAUACCUUGGUUGAUCUGACUGCAUACACAAAUGCACCACCUUUGCUUGUAGCGGAGCCAGCAUACUUGAAAGAGAGUGAAGCUAUUGGCACUUAUUGGGACCUGCCCGACAACACCACCACAGCUGCCGCGACCAUUGAGAAGCAUCUCGACUUCUUAAUUCAGUUCUACCGCAACCAAGUUGAGCAGCGUAGAUGGUACGGUUUCUGGGACUUUGGUGAUUUCAUGCACACAUACGAUUCCAGCCGGCAUCAGUGGCGGUACGAUGUUGGCGGCUAUGCUUGGGACAACUCAGAACUUUCGCCUGAUCUAUUCUUCUGGAAUCAAUUCCUGCGCACAGGCCGACCUGACGUCUUCCGUUUCGCCGAGGCUCAGGUACGCCACUCCUCUGAGGUCGAUAUCUAUCACAUCGGAAACUUUUCAGGUCUGGGCACACGGCACGGAGUGCUACACUGGGGCGAUAGCGCGAAGCAGAUCCGCAUCUCAACCACAAUUUAUCGACGAGUGUUUUACUACAUCUCCGGCGGCGACGAGAGGAUUGGGGAUGUCAUCCACGGUGUGCUGGAUGCUGAGCAAGCCUUUUAUUUGGUUGAUGCCCGACGUAAGGUCCGCUCCGCAAAUGUCACCUAUGUCCCUGAUAAGGAAGCUCUUUACAUCAAUAUUGGUCUUGACUGGUUUGGGUUGGCAGGUGCCUGGUUACAUGAAUGGGAACGUCGCGGACCCCGGUGGGAAGAAGCAAGGUCCAAACUUUUCAAGGGAUUUGAGACCAUUGUGUCUCUCAAGAAUGGACUAGUCACUGGAGAAGCGUACUACAACUCAACCGAUGGCGCCUUCUCCCCGCCACCAACGGAUCUCGAAAAUGAAGGCAUAGUAGUGGUUUCUCAUCUCGACGGUGUUUUCGGACUCCAGGAGAUAUUCACCCAGAUCAUAGAUCACGUACAAGACGACCUACCGGAUGGUAUCCUGGAUGCUUAUCUUGAUUAUGCCUAUUAUUAUGGUGCCGGAAGUGUUGAGCAAACUGCAAAAUACGGAUCCAGCUUUGGCAGUUUAAGUCUUUACCAAGGUCACUCACGGUUGACAGCCUACGUUGCAUGGAAGACACAGAACGAGACAUUAGCUGCGCGUGCUUGGAAGGAGUUUGAUAAGGAUGGCCUGAUCUCGACGAACCCUUGGAGUACUACCCGCGUAGCUAACAGUUCCGUAUUGGCACCUGUCGAUGAUGGCGGAGAUUGGAUAUCGACGAACUCAGUGGCACUCUAUGGUCUGGCUGCCAUCGAAAACUUGCGAUACAUCAAGGACUACUUGAAGUAA